CCGCCAAAUUUUUUCCAGUCUUUGUCCAUUUUCUCAAUCCCCGUCUUCGCGAUGCCGAUGCUGCGCAAGUCCGGCGGAGGCAGCCGCGAAGGCACGCCGUCCCCGAGUGGCAACGGCAGUGCGUCGCCGAGCAUGCAGAUGCGGCCCGUGGUGACGCUCGUCCCGUCGUCGCCGUCGAGCGGGCAGCAACGGAGCAGCGGCGCACUGCGAUCCGAAACGCUGCUUCCCGCCACGACGGCGUCUUCCUUGAUCCCCUCGACGAGCGCUCUUGCGGCAGCCGUUGCUGCUGCUGCAGCCAGCAGGCGCUCACCAAGCCAAGAUGAUGGUGCUUCCACAGCGACUGGACCCGCUGCUCCUGCUCGACUCACUCCCCCAGUGUCGUCGGCUCCCAAUCCGCUCAUGCCCAACGUGCACAAGGCUGCAGCUGCUGCUGCAAAGGCAAACGCUGCUGCGCCGGAUGCUAGUGCACCGUCAUUGCCUGCUGUUACGCCGUCCAAGUCCAAGCCGAAGGCUGCUGUGGUGGAGGUGUCGUCGUCGAGUGCAGCGCCGAUCGACACGCCAACCAAGACCAAAACUGCUCCACGUCGAGCAAGUGAACAGAAGGACAAGGCAGCAUCGGAAUCCUCUUUUGCUCCUCUACCGAAAGAGCACGCCGAUGCCGUGAUGACCACCACAGCGCCAACAGCAGCUGCUGCAGCCGCGCCAGCAGCUCCGACAGCUCGUCCACCGGCGCCUCUCCAGGCUGAGGUGCCCGCGGCUGCGCUGGUUGCAGCGGCGCUGCCUGCUGCUGCUCUUGUCCAGGAACGAGUCCAUGCAGCCUUGCCAAAACCAAGCGUGGCAGCAACGCGCAAGCCUGAUGCGCCAGUCACUUUGGCCCCAGCGCCUCCUCCGCCUCCUAUGUCUCGCCCACCUCGCGGCGGAGCUGCGCAAUGGCUACCAGUCUUUUCAGCAGCUCUUGUUGAAUGCGGCAUUCGUUUGGAAGCUGGUCUGCCAGUCGAAUUGACUGUCGAUGUGUCGGACUUCAAGUCAAAACUGGCAAAGCGACUUCGGCGUGCCGAUUCUGCGCCAAAUGUUCUCGGCGAGUUUGUGGAUGGCAUGACAGAUUUUCUGGCCGAUCUUGGCUGUCUCCAAGCUGCCUGCAUGCCCCUUCCCUCCCGCAACGGUCUAAGCAGCCUCAAAGUUGCCAACGACAGUCUCGUCAGACUCAUGCUCGGAGUCGAGCCAAUUCAAACACACCUGCUGAUCAACCUGUUGGAAAAGCUUCCAGUUGUGCAAGACGACUACUCCAUGUCCUCUGAGGAGAUUAAUCUACCGCGCUUGAUUGUCGCGCAAAUGCGCUGGCUCGAUUUCGUUGUGGACGGACGCCAACUGGCAGACAAGUUGGUGGAGGUGCUUUCCGUCACCAACGCUGAGGUGCAACGCGAGCUGAUCAGCAGUUUGCCAGAUAUUCUGAACGACGCCGAACAUCGCCGAAUGGUGGACUGCCUCUCGAUGCUCGUGACCUCGGAGCCCAAGCUGAUGGUGACCAUUCUGGACGCGCUGUCCAACCUGACCUUACCGCCGCACCAAGUUGACGAAAUCCGCGACAAGAUUCUCAAGAUGCUUGCUUCAGUGGACGUGAGCGACAUGCCGGUGGUGGUGCGCUUCAUUCAGCAGUUCAUCAACGCCGACAACAGUGUGGAGGUGAUUUUCAAGUUGCGCGGCGAGCUCGACUUUCAGUCUCUGGCCUCGACCACGGCCAUGGCCACGACCACGACCACGUCUGGGAGUCGAGGCCAGGCAGGGCGCUCGGACCAUUCAAGAUCAGCCGGAUUUGCAGCCACUACGUCGUCUACCGCUGUCAAUGGCGAAAUGCUCACGCUCGAAGCGAUUCGCGCCGGACUGCGCUUCCAGCAAACGGUCGCCGAUGCGUGGAUCAAGGUCCUGCAGACAGUAGUGGCCCCGCAAGACCACCGGGUGAUUGACAUCUUUGUGUUGUUGAUGCUGCUGGGGCUGGCGCCGAGCAGAAAGCUCGCCGAGACCACCCUGCGGAAGAAAAUCAAGGCGCAGCAACUCUCUUCGACCCUUCUCGCGACCGUCUUUCGCAGCCACUCACAAGCGCUGUCGACCUACUUUAAAGAGCUGAUGACAGUUGCCGAGAUGCUGCUUCGUUCUGCCGAGCAUGUGGCCCAGACGUUCGCCGCGGACAUUUACCGAAAUGUCUUUCUGCAUUUUGACGGCUUUUGUCGACAGGAAGUUGUGGGUACAUUGGUAACUCUUAUUGGUGCCGGCGAGUCGUCGCGUGCGGACACGGCGCUGCAGGUGCUCUGUGACCUGUCGCGCACAGACGGGCUGCGUUUGGCCGAGUUUUCCAUCUUUAUCAAGAACAUUCUCGACUACCUGGAUACGCUGCCACUGUCGCACAUUCGGAUGCUGUUUUCGCUGCUCACCACGUUGCAGAUGGCGCGUCGUGAGCAGCUUCGGCAGCAGCAAAACCAGACGGGUGCAGCCGAGACCCUGCGCCAGCAACCCAGUUCCACAGACCGCACCAUUGCAAGUUUGAUGGGCAUUGGUGCUGCAUCCGCCUCUUCCUCCUCUUCCUUUGACGAUGCCCUUGUGGAAGACGACAUUUACAACACCAUCAGGAAGCAGCUGCACUCGUCCAGCGGAAAGUUCAAGCGCGUCGGCAUUGUUGGUGCAUUGUGCGUCAUUGAGCAAGCCCUCAAUCUAGACGUGCCAAACAGCGAGGUGGCCCCGCCCCUCGACAUGCUGCUUGAUGUGCGCGUCACGUUGGACGGCAAUCCGGACGAAGGACUGGACGCGGCCAAGCGCCAGAAUAAAAACAAGCGAUCUGCGGCUGCGUCGUCGUCCAAGCCGCGCGACCGUGUCAUUAGUGACAGCCAUCUGUCUCAGGCGCACGAGCUCUUGGAUAUCGUGCUGAAGGCGUGUGAUCUGGCAUCGGACUGCUUUGGGUUCUUUUUUGACGAGCUUUCGCGGGUUGUUCGGUCUACCCGCCUCGACCCCCGCCUUCUUGCGACCCUGAUCAAUACGCUUCACUUGGAUUCGUACAUUUUUGAUCUGGAAAACCGCGAGAGCGAGUGUCAGGCGCUGACACAGGCCCUGCACCGACUCGGCAAGAGCGAGUUUACACCCGGCCUGAUGGGUCCCAUCUCUGCCGCUUUGAGCUCGCAGCAGCAGGUAUUGCGCCAGCAAGCCGUUCUCGACGCGCUUGCGGUUGAGGUGUCGUUCAACCUUGACGGCGACCGAACGGUGGGCCUGCUUGGUCUGUUGGGCUGCGUGCUCGACAGCAAGAAAUCGCGCCACGACCUGGCCAUGCUGCUGGCACCCAAUUUCAAGCUCCUCCAGCUGUGCACGCGAUCGACGCAAAACGGCGUGCUGGACGACAUGGAUGGAACGCUUGGCUUUCCGGUGCUGUUUCCACGGCCCGCGCAGAUGGCGGCGAGUUUCGGUGCUUUCGCCCCUGCAGUCCGUCGCGCGUUGUGUCUGGGCAUGGUUCACGUGGUCAACUGGUUUACAGAGCUGCUCAAUGCAUUCGCUCUGCGUCCGGGUGCAGACACGCAAAUCAAACUGCUCUACCGUGUCACCGCCCUCUUUGAGUUGCUUGGCCAGCUUGGACGCCUGCUGCCCCUGACACCCGACUUUGCAGCCCCGCCCGCAACCUUUGAGCAAGCCGACGCAGCUGUGAUCAAGCACCCCGAAGCCGCUCCGAAGCGUGGCACCAAGACGAAAGGCGCCGACCCUGCCAAGGGAACGAAAGGAAAGACGCCGCAGCCAAACGAUGACAGCGACAUUGAGCCGGCAAUGAUGGAGCCAACGAAGAAGGUCAAGUCCAACGCGCAGAGUUCGAGCCGCCCUCCGCCUGCUUCGGAUGACGAGAAUGGCGAGAAUGGCGAGGUCGAAGAAGAGCACGCCGGCGACUCGGAUGACGACGAUGCUGUCAGUGUUGCUGAGAGUGAUCUCAAGGGCGCCGGCUCCGUAGCCUCUACUGCGAUGCGACGAGCUGCUAGUGGCAACUUUGAUUCGUUUGCCAGGCAGCUCCUGGAUCUGGCUCCCUUCCGAGCCUGCUUCCGUGAGAUGGACUUGGAAGUCUUUUCCCUCUUGGCCACUGGACGGCGCUUUACUCGGCACCUGCUCAGCGGGGAUGAGCCUGCGCAAAACGUGCUGCUCGAGCAGAACAUGGCGGGGUCGAGUACCGCUCCUGGCCUGCAGCCUCCACCUGCGCUCGAGUUCUCCAUGGUGCACAUGCGCUACAUGCUGGAUGAGAUGGCGCGACAGCUCAAGUUUGGCCUAAGCCCACCGGUUUCUUCUGCAAUGCCAUUUCUGCAAGCUCGCGCGAGCAAACACCAGCUCCAUCCGCGCGCGAGCUCGGCCCUGGAAAUGCGGCGCUUUGAAGCGCUGCUGCUGGCCAAGUUUGUCGCUCUUCUGCCCCACCUCUGCUUGCAUCUCGAAGACGUCGUUGGGCUGUGCUCGCGCUACUACAAGGUUCCUUCGCGAAAGGCUGUGGCGAAAGCAGCUGCGCGAGCCAAAGCCGACGCACAGAUGGAGGCGGAACAUGGCUUUGUGGCAUCUUCCCAAUCUGCGCAUCCUCGCGCUGACGACGAAGACUCUGACGGAGACGAUGACGGUCACGGUGAAAUGCCCGCGACUGGAAGCGGUAGCGUGUCGAGCCAAUUUGACGAGCCGAUGAGCAAGGAAUUGGCCGUUCAUGCUGCUGCCUGUGUGGAUCUUGUUCUCCAGUGCUUCCGAACCUUCUUGGCCUCGGGUGCAAUCGCUGGCCAAAACGCUGGCCAAAACGCUGGCAGUGGCGCAAGUGGAGCCGGGCCAUUGCCCGCUGCCCUGAGAAGCUUUGUGGGUGUGCUCGCGGGGCGGCGCGCCCAAAUGGUGCGCGCCAUCCGAACCGGGCAUGACCAACGCGCCUCCGGCGCGGCGACCUGGCGUCAGUCUCGCGAUCAAGCACCAAGCACCAGCGAUGCAAUGGAUGAGCAGCAUGGCUUGCGAACGCCUCUGCCUGAGCUGGCCGCGGAGGCUUUUGGCUACCUGUCCUCCAUCAUGGAGGCAGUCACAACGCUUCCAACUGCUGCGACAUUGCUGAGCUGCUUGGAGCUGUUCAUCCUUCGCACCAGGCAAGCGCACCUGUCCCCUGCGUUGUGCGAGCUGGCUGAGCAUGUUUUGCGUCGAGAACGCUGGUUCCACUCGCACUGCGACACCCAAAGCCCCGCCUUUGUCUCAGCAUGUCACAGCUCUUCUGCAAUCACGACCGCCAUGUUUGCCAGCCUGACGACGUUGCCGAGCUCUCCUACAACGACACCAGCGCCCUUGGCAGUCGAUGCCGUGAGUACGGCCGUUGACAUUCUGCUCAAGCACGCUGACAAUCCGCUUCCGAUGAUUGAGACGACCAUUGGCGAGGCGCUGGCGCUUGUGGCCGAACGCCACGGAGACGCUGUUCCCGGCAUCAAACACGCCGAAAUCAGCGUGCCCUUCCUCCCCACCCUGUCCAAGCGAUCGCUGCCCGCCUUCUUCCGCGCCUCGCUGGAUGGCGUUACAGGAGCGCUGCGCGAGCUUGACUCGGUGCGCGAGCUCGGUGUGCUCGUUUCCGGAGAGGGCAAUGCCAACGUCCAGAUGGUCAAGCUGCAAUCCUGCGUGUUCAACUUUUGGCGGCUCUGCAGCUUUGUGGCCAAGUACAGCCAUCGCCUUGUGCUUCUUGCCGUUGUCAAGGGCGGUCGCCAGUUUGUUGACACCUUCCUCAAGGUGGGCAUGCCCUUCAUUGACGUUCACUUUAUCGAAAUGCGCGAGCCCAUGACUGAAAUGUUUAAAAAGCUGCAACAAGCCACACGGUCGCUGCAGAUGGUGUGUGGUCACACAAAGGUUGUUCGGGAUGUUUCAGUACUUGCACAAGUUCCGCCAUUGCGCAAGUCGCUCGAAACACUCAUCUUCCGAGUCAAGGUCAUGUUCGAAGUCAACGGCGUGCGCGUCGCCUUCUCCAUUGGCAAUCUCAAGCACAAGUCGAUUCGCGGCGAGGAGGUGUCGUCCCAAGGGUAUGGCGGCGACAGUGACGAAGAGGACGACACCCUGGCAAGCGUGAUGGAAGGAGAAGAAGAGGACGAAUCACAGCACGACUCUCCGACACCGCAACCACUGAUUGCCAAGCUGCUGGGAUCGACCGCUCUGACUGGUCGACUGACGCACAAGCCUCCAAAGACCAAAGACACUGACCGCGCUGGCGCCAAAGCUCGGACGAAACGGCGAGCAGAGGACGCGCUGGAGGCGGAGGGCAAAAAGCGACCGCAGCUGGAAGAAUCGGCACCCGGCUCGAAGCGCAAGGCAAAGGCAGACAAGCACCAAGAACACGACCAAGAGCGCGACCACAACGACGAAGCCGGGUCUGACCGUCCAGACGAAGCAGAGAACGAGGACGAGGACGAGGACGAGGACGAGAAGGCCCGCCGAAAGAAGGCGCGUCGCGCUCGCAAGUCUGAAAAGCGUCGAAGAGCUCGAGAGACUUCAAGCGAGCCCGAGGAGGAAGAAGAAGCAGCAGUAGAAGAAGAAGAAGAAGAACAGGAGGAAGCACCCCACAAUCUCCUGUCGGCUGAGGCUUCCAGCGAGGCAGAGAAUGACGCUGAGGGCGCCAACAACGAUGACGAAGAUGGCGAGCACGAUGAUCAUGAAAGUGGCCGUUCGUCCAAGAAGGCGCGCCAUCGAAAGCACCGCCACAAAGCGAGCAAGCGGCAUCGUCUGGCCCAAGUGGACAGCGAGGCUGAAGAUGAGUAACUUUUUUUUGUUUUUCCAAGUGUCAAAGUGCGCGCGGCAUGUCGCGGUAUUUUCGUUCGUUUUCGUUUUUGUUGUCGUUAUUUUGGAAAACACAUGUCUGAAUCGUCAGCCUUUUGAAACAACAAGUCUCCCGUGUUCUCAGAAAGGGCCCUAGAGGCUGCGCGUG